AUAUUCAGGCCUUCACAAGGCUGACCUUCAAAUCGAUGGCAAGGCGAUGAUACAACCUCUCAUCAGAGCCUCUACACGUCAGAUCAUCGCCUCACACAGACCCACAUCCACUCGAUCGCUUCAUAUCGCCAGGACUAUGUCAAUGCCCUUCUCUUGCUUCCCUUGGUCCAAGAAACAAACUACCGCCGCCCUUCGAACGUUUUCCGAGGAUCAACCCAGGUACACCCAAGAUCCUCCCGCUUAUAGCCACAGUGAAAAGCCCUCGUCUAGGAUGCCCGCUGUCGCAACCAGAGGUUUCGCGACGACCGCGCACAAGCAAGAGGUCAACGCCUUCAAACUCGGUUUGCCCAUGGAAGAAGCCAAGCUCAGGCUGAACAAGCUACAAGCCUUGUUGGUCGAGCAUAAAUUAGAUUACUACAUCGUUGGCACGGCCGACGAGCAUCUCUCUGAAUGGACCGCCUCGACGGACCAGCGGCGUGAAUGGAUAAGCGGAUUCUCCGGAUCAGCCGGGACUGCCAUCAUCUCCCGCAAGUCUCAAGAUGGCAACGAUGGCGUCAAAGGGGAUGCCUCGGCCUGGUUGUUCGUAGACAACAGGUACUGGAUCCAAGCUGAAGGGCAGACGAGCAAAGAAUUGUGGGAGGUGGUCAGGGUCGUCCCGAAAGAUUCUCCGGGGAUCACGAGUCCGUGGGAAUGGUGCAAGAAGCACGUAGAGGAAGGAGCUAGGAUUGGGAUAGACCCCAAGUUGAUCGAUUGGCCCACGGCGCAAUCGAUACAAAAGACCUUGGUGACCAAGAACAUCUCGCUCUUGGGCAUCACCGAGAACCUCGUCGAUACCGUCCGAGAACCCGACGUCCCCCCUUACUCGAAGACGAUGUUGGAAGACCAUCCUCUCGUCUUUUCCGGUCAACCUACUUCGGAAAAGCUCGCUAACGCCCGUCGAUCGCUGUUCGGCGAAGAUCGGGAUCAAGAUCCAGAGAACCACGGUGGGAUCUACGUGCUUCCCGUCUUGCCCGCCAUCGCCUGGCUACUCAACUUGCGGUGCCAAGGAGAUAUCCCCAACGUUCCCGUCUUCCGAUCAUAUCUCGCCCUGACGCCUUCCCGCGUGUGUCUGUUUAUCGACCAAGACAAACUCAACGAAGAGGUCAAGCAGCGAUUGAGAACGGACGGGGUGGAAUGGCGGGAUUACGGAGUGGAAGAAGUAAAGCGAUGGGUUCUGGAGCAUAGGAUCCGGGUGAGGGAAGAGAGUGGGGAAAAGGCGCUCGAGGUCGAAGGGAGGGUUCUGGUACCCACGAGCGCGAGCUGGGGUCUGGCCGAUGCGAUCGGACUCGACAACGUCAAGACGAUCGACUGCCCGGUAGAUACCGCAAAAGCGAUCAAGAACGCCACCGAGAUCGAAGGUUUCAAACGGGCUUACCUUCGGGACGGUGCCGCUACCGCGCGAUGGUUGGCUUGGCUGGAAGAACAAGUCAAGGAGAAGAAGAUGGAUAUCGGCGAGUGCGACGCUGGUGACAAGCUCACCGCAUUCAGAUCGUUGGAACAGUAUUACCGUGGUUUGGCUUAUGAUAAUAUCAGCGCUUCCGGACCCAACGGAGCCCUUCCUCAUUAUAUCCCUCACCAGGGUCAAGAUCGGCUCAUCGAUCGGGAGACGACUUAUGUCAUCGAUGCGGGUGGUCAAUAUCUUGAUGGCACGAUCGAUACGACCCGGACGCUACACUUUGGCACUCCCACUCCUGACCAGACUCGGGCCUUCACCAGGGUCUUGCAGGGUCACAUUGCUAUCGAGACCACACCCUUCCCUCAGGGCACCAAGGGAGACAAGCUAGACCCCUUGGCCAGACAGUUUUUGUGGCGAGAAGGACUGAACUUUGGACACGGUGUAGGACACGGCAUCGGCUCUUAUCUUUCUGUUCACGAGCUCCCUCCGGGUAUCGGUUGGGCGACGACCAUCAAACCAGGUCAUAUCGUCUCGAAUGAACCUGGAUUCUAUCUCGAGGGCGAAUGGGGUAUCCGGAUCGAGAGCGUCGUCGUCUGUAAGGAAGUCGAGACGAGGUACGCUUUCGGUCAGGCGCCUUGGCUCUGUUGGGAACGAGUGACGAGGGUGCCCAUUCAGGCGUCACUAGUCGAUUUCACCUUGCUGUCAAAGGAAGAAGCACAAUGGCUCAAGGACCACAACGAUUUGUGCAUCAAGGAAGUCAUGCCGCUGCUCAACCGGACCGGUGAUGAAAAGGCUCGAAAGUGGUUGAAGAAACAGGCUUUGUAGUAGAGAUAAGACGCGCUGCUGCUUCCAGGUUGCAAACACAAGAUGAGGACCGAUAACGCUAUCAUCAAUACUGUAGCGAAAGAGAGUGGCCGAAAGCAAAUACGGUCCCAACUGCUCUUUCGCGCACUGCAGACCCAAUCCACAAACCGUUCCUCAGUCCAAUCGAGCGCUUGUAGGAACCUUCCCUUCACUGCACUGUACAGCCCAUCUCAACAGCUUGAUCUUUUGCACAGAGAAUUUGCGGGUUGCAGUGCAUAUCCUUCACCAAUCG